UCGAAACCUACCCACCCACUAUGUCUCGCGAAGCUUACCAGGUUCCUUCCUCUUUGGGCGGACAGAAUGCCUUUGACUCCGGUGCAGGCUCCCUGGACGGCCCUAUGGUUGCUUAUCUAUGUGGCGAGUGCAAUGCUCGUGUCUCGUUGAAGAGGGGUGACCAGAUCCGCUGCAAGGAAUGCGGUCAUCGUGUGUUGUACAAGGAAAGGACGAAGAGAAUGGUUCAGUUUGAAGCUCGGUAAAAUGGGAUAGACCGGUUGCGCGACGUUGGCUUUAUACCUUUCUUACGAUCGUAUCGUGUUAUGCAUUCUGGUGGCGCUUUGGAGUUUGAUGGGACAAAAAGAUUGGAUAUUGCGAUGCGGCGAUGGUUCUACAGAUGACCUUUGUUGAAAGGGACUCAUUGUAUCUGCGCAUCGGCGGAAGGUGCUCGUGUUGAAGAUUUCCAUGAGUAAAAUCAUUAAUUCCGUCAUUCAAUACACAUGUCCCUAUACCUCUA